UCUAGCAUGUAUCAGGCAAGUGAAAGACUUCCUCUCAGUCCACUCGGGCAGCUAAAUUAUCUUGUUUCGGGCAGUGAAAUUCACCCAGGUGUGGCAAAAUUCUUAUUUACCAGUUACGCCCAUUCAAAUGCUUAACAUGGGACUUAUCCUUAUGUGGUACUGUGCACUGAGGGGAAAUUAUAUCCAUAGAUAAAGUUUAUUCAGGUCAAACAGUAAGCAAAUCCUGCACCUCUAUUAACUGGAUCAGAGCAAUUACCAAUCUAGAAACGGAUCAAACUGCAAUGAAUAAACAGCCUCAUUUUUAACUCUCCUUAUAAAUAAUCAAUAUUCAAACUUAGUGAGUUUUAAACAGGAAUUGGUGCUGUUACAAUACUAAUUUGGGAGCUUUACCAACCAAUGCAACCCUACAGGAUUUAUGAGUGUAAAGCAAUAAGUGAAGAGGAUUUCAUGAUCACGAAUAUUGUAUGCAUGUCAGCAUUAUGGACACAAUAUUGGUGUUUAGUUUACUGUUUAUAUACUACAGCCUCAGCCCAAAAGACCUCAGAGAUUAUGACUGUCAUGUGGAAAAUUCUUCAGAAGUACUGUCUGAACGCACAAGAAGCAUGAGCAUCUUACUGCAAGAGUCUGAAAAGGCAGUGGCAAAAGGGGAGCUAAGCAGAAACCAUACCGUCGCCACUUUGCAAUGCUCUGGUCUGCACAGCUCCAUACAAGUAAAUCUCCUUUACUCAGAGAAGAUGUACAAUGUUUUCACAAACAAGACAAACGUUAAAUACACCCUCCAAAGCCUGAAAGUCAUCACUGAUCCAGAUGAGAGUGUUUCUACUGCCCACAGGUGUCUCUUAUUAACAGAUCAUAAACAAAGUUUUCAGACUGAAUUUAACCUUACAGGCAAAGUGUUUCUGGUGGGGCUAUCAAAUUGCAUUAUUAAUGCAAAGCUGUCUGAGCCUGAAAUUUUUGCAGAGCAACUGCACGCCACAGAGGUACACCGACAGAACAGCAGCUCAGGUAGCAUAGGUGAAGACAUGCUGCUCAGACUAACACGAAGACAAAGCAUCUAUGUCAAAGCAGUAAUCAUAUGUGUCCUGCUACCCUGUUCACUAGCCUUCAUUGUGUUUGUUAUAUUUGAAGUUCCCUUCCCAUGUCCAUGCCCUGGCUGGAGCCAGCAAUGCAACUGUAUUCAGAAAUGUAAAAGACAAGGAGAAGAACGCACAGAAAACCCAAAUUCCGCAUCAUCCGAAGGAUCUGUCAUGGUAGGUCACAAAAAGAGAGGAGCUUCAGAACAAGCACCUUGGAGCAAAGCGGCCAAGAUAAUUGCCAUUCAUGAGACUUAGUUCUGAAGAACUGCAAGCUACAGGAGAAAGCACAAUUUUCUGUUUUAUCCAAGCACAGUUUUUUGCUUUAUCCAUGUCUGUAUUAUUUUUCUCCUCACUUCUUAUUGUUCAGAGAAGUAAGACCAUCAGCAUUUUACACGAUAUAGAGUCAAACAAUUACAGAUUGCAAUGAAAGUGACAUUAGCCUGUUUUAGGGGCACUCCUUACGAAACUAACCCCUCGGAACACAUCUUGGUGUUGACUCCCUCCAUGAACUACCUGGAAUCAUAUUUUAACUUCAGCAGUAGACUAUGGUCACUAGAAACAAAGGGAAUAAUGGAAAAACCUACUUGCAGAAGCAAUAAAAGUCUCACCACAUUGCAAAUUCUCCCUCUGUCUUCCUUAGAUUAAUUGUAGUUGGAGUUCACACAGCAACUAACAUCUGCUACACUGAAGAUUGUAUCUAGACAGAUUAUACUUAAAUUCAAGACAAUGAUUAUUCAGAAAAGCAUCUAACACUGGAACCAACUAAAAGUAUAUAUGCCCUGUUCAUUGAGCUUGAGGGCCAAAUUCUGCCCUUACAUACACAUACACAAAUCCCAUCAACUUCAAUGGCAAGUGGAUGUAUGAAUCAAAGGACAGAAUCUGGAUUUCAGCAUCCGUUCCUUGUGCUACAAUUUAGCCUAGCUGAUAAAAGGAGCCUAAACUCUUGCUUGUUGCCAGCAAUCAAGCGCUCCCUUCAUCAGCAUCUUCGAAGCAUAAGGAAUUUGGGUUAGCAAUAAGAAAGUUCAACUCUGCCCCAUUUUAAGCAUCUGUGCCACUAAUUUUCUUGUGUUCAUCAUUUUGUCCCCCAUAAAUUGGAUCAUACCAUGGUUUAGCAGUUCAAUUAAUUUGGGACCUUCACUCUGCAAUGUUGCUUCCAAAUGAGACCAUAGGACAGACAGUUAUUUGUUGUAAAAGGAGCACGGGUUCUGAGGGAGAUAAAUCAAAAGGUAACCCCACAUUUCUACAGGCAGAUUUCUGUGUGCAUAUUCUUGAACUCUCACUGCAUGGAACUAGACCAUCAACCUCCCUUGAAAAAUCUACAGAUCCACAAGACCUUCAGGCCAAUUGUAACAAAAAAGUGACAUUAAAGUUCCAGAAAUGUAGUCCAGGUUAUGGAUUCAAGGUGCAAAAUCUGUAUAAGUCAAAGAGGAAACUGCUGUAUUAGGUCCAAUGUAGUCCAACCCUCUGUCAGUACAGGAUUUCCCCCUGCUGUAUUCAUCCAUCCCUCUGUCAGUACAGGAUUUCCCCCUGCAGUACAGUCUCCACUGCUUCAUCCAAUCUGCUUUGUCUUAAGAAAUGGAUGUUCUCCAGCCAUAGUGUCACUGCUUUAUAAUGUGUGCAUAGAAACAGUGAAAUUAAAUUGCUGAAAAUCUAGAUAUUGUAUUAUCCCAUGUUCAGCACACACGCACACAAAAAUCCUGGGUGUUUAUAUGAACAGAUGCAACCAGUUAUCCUCAGGUAUCUGUACAGCCAAUGGACCUGAGUCUCCACUGCCUACCACCUUAUGUAGUAAUUUACAUCUGUGAAAAGUGAGUAUAAAAUCUGUUUAAAAUAUUGUCAAAUAUGGAUGACUAUACAUGAUGAAAGCCAAUGGAAAAGUCAGGCAUUAGUCCUUCUGCCCCUUAGAAGCUUAUUUUGAGUUUCAUUUGACAGGAACCUAAUCCCAGCAAAUCUGGUCUGAUUUAUUGCAUUUUUUCCAUAGCCUCAACACAAAGCUAGGUGAAAC